AGAAGUAAGUUAAUUCGGAACGAGAUCAGACACGGAGGAAAGCUUGACCUCUCAUCGGAGAUUCACUCUUCUCUCUCUGACUCUGUAUAAUACCAACAUCUCCUCCCCUCUAUCUAUUAAUCACAUCAUCAACAUCUGAGGUGGGAAUAAAGAUGGGUUUUCUGGUAACAACACUCAUAUUUGUUGUCAUCGGAGUCAUUGCGUGUCUCUGUACCCGAAUCUGCUGCAACAGAGGCCCUUCUACUAACUUGUUUCAUUUAACACUGGUCAUCACGGCAACAGUGUGCUGUUGGAUGAUGUGGGCAAUUGUGUAUCUUGCGCAGAUGAAUCCACUUAUAGUCCCAAUUUUGAGCGAAGGAGAAUGAGCUUCUGCUUAAAAGAGUACCUGAUUUCUAGGCAGCCAGCAUUAUGAAAAGGGAGUAUCAGAGAGCGAGGAAUAAUUAUUUGAGGGCAUGUUACAUGCAAAGUGAGAUUAUAUCAGAUGUAUAUUUAGUUUGAAUUGUUGCAAAAACUUUGCUUAAGAUUUCUCUCCCUGUGUUUUAUCUCGACAUGAUUCCAUCUAUUCUUUUAUGAUAUUCCAGGUGCCCAAUAUUCUUAGA